AUGGCGACCAAAGAAAUGACCAGCAGGUUCCACAAAGGUGAAAACCAUGCUGACUGCCAAAACUUCACAAUGCACUGGGUGUGCCACCGACACGGAUAUGAUCAAAGAAACUACAAUUUCAAAUUUGACCUGACACUGCAUGCAGAGCUAAAAGUCUACUUGUUUCAGAAUGUUCAGACCCUCCCACCUCAAAACCUCUCAGUCAGCUUGAUGACAUCAGGAGACUUCUUGCUGACCUGGAAAGCAGCUGAUGGAAGCCAAGGGCUGGGCAAUGCACUGGAGUAUGAAGUCACUUACAAGCGGGAGUGGGAGUCCUGGGAGAAAGCUGCCUCGCUCUUGCUCUCCAACACCACACGUUGCCAUCUCAGCCACAAGGAUCUUGUCCCAGGGAGCAGCUACGUUGCCCGUGUGCGAGCCAGACCGGGGCAGGCCAGUGGCUUCUCUGGGCCGUACAGCGAGUGGAGCACGGAGGUGUCGUGGGAGACCCCUGAAGGUGGCCUUCAGCCCAGGAACCUUCGCUGCCUCUUCAAUGGUGCAGAUCGUCUGACAUGCAGCUGGGAAGUGAAGAAAGCGAUCAUCACCUCUGUCGUCUUUGGCUUGUUCUUCAGGGCCACUCGGGCAUCAGCAGAAGAGGAGUGCUCUCCCGUGCACGAGAAGGCUUUGACCCACAUCCCCUACGUGGUCCAGAGCUGUGAGAUCCCUGUUAGCAACUCCAGUCGUCAGAGUCGGUACCAUGUGUCUGUCCGAGCCAAGAUGGAGGAGAAAGUGAUUGAAGCCUACAAGAACAUUAAGGUGCUGCCGCCUGCAAAUGUGUCAGUAACAGUGACAGAGAGCCAAGAGUAUGAACUGAGGUGGAUAAAACACACUUUUCAGUAUGGCUUCAUAAAACAGAGAUACCAAGUCGAGUACUGGAAAAACAACCAAUACGGAAAGACUCUCCAGAAGUUAAAUAUCAGCAAUGAUGAACCUCCGUUCAUCUUCACCCUGCAGAUGUUGGCAUCAUCUACAGAAUAUACGGGGAAAAUGCGUGCAAGGGUGAAUACGCCUCCGGAUUAUGAGGGGCCUUGGAGUGAGUGGAGUGAGGAGUUCAGCUGGAAGACUGAGAAUGUUCUGCCACCAGUGGUUCUCCCAGUGAUGCUCCCAGUUCUCAUCAUCGCUUUGCUAAUAGUUGCUUAUUGCAGCUAUAAGUAUUUCCUCAGGAAGAAGCAAAUGUGGGAGGAAAAGAUUCCGAACCCCAGCAAGAGUCUCCUGAUCCAGAGCUACCUAGGGGAAGCUGUCAGCCAACGGCCAGCCAGACAGGUGUGCUUCAAUGGGCAAAACACUUUGGAGGAGAUGGAGCAGAUUAACUGCCUUAAAAUUCUGGAUGGACUUCCAUGCAAGAGUGCUGCUCAUGCAAGUACUGCUUUCCAGACUUGCUUUGCUUUCAAUGGUCCAUACUUGUACAGCCCAAUGGUGUCCUCCCAGCCUGAUAUGCAUCGGACCCUGGCAGUGGACCCAGUGGGAGUCUGUGAGAAAUCAGUUUCCCUUCAGCAUGUGACCCUCCCAAAGGAAGACUGUCCCCAGGCUCCACAGGGGCAAGGACAGCCAGGAGCAGGUCCUCCACAGCCCUUCCUGCUCCCAGAGCAGAAGGAUAUGAUGCAGCACCUCGACAAUGAGAAAGAAGUCUCACCGGCCCCACCAGCCUGUGGGAAAGGCACGAAUGUGAGAACAGAAGAGCAGAAAUCUCCAAAGGCUCUUAGCUGUAUCACAUCUCCUCAGCAGUGCUCCUUGGAGUACGUCACCACAGAGAGCCUGUUACUGCCAUCAGCUGUCGACUCCCCCCAUCCGCCACUUGUCACUGCUGCGGAGUUGCCUUGUGACUCACAGGACCCCCAUGACCACUCUUGCCAUGAGUUUUCUCCUGGGAAAACUGGUGUCAUGGUCUCAGUUUCACGUCAAGCACCAACCUCGUCUCCUGAACUGCACCUGGAUGCGUUUGGAGACCCUUGAGGUCUCCAUGGACAUUCAGAACCCACAAAAAUGUCCUUCAUAUUUUUUGAAAAGGGGUGCUUUUUUCCCGAAGAACCUGUGUUGGAGAACUAUGUAGUCAUAUUAAAUCCUGGCAGCACCAUAACAGUUUUCCUCCAUUAUGGGCAGGAAGUAACAUAA